AUAACUGACAUGACAUUUACUCGAAAGGUUAGGAAUUUAAAAAUACGAAAAAAGAAAGUGCACAAAAGCUCCUUUUUUAUUCUAUUUACUGCUAUUUUAAUUAUGAUGUUAACUAAUUAGUAAUAAAUUAACUAAUUUAUCAAAUUGUUGUCGAAAAUACUAAAUCGGACUAAUUACUCCCAUGGAUAGCCUGUCUUUAAAUGAUACUUAUUGGUUAUCCAAUAAUUUCCGGUUACCUACAAAUUGGUGAUGGAUAAAUUUUGUUAUGCAAUAAUUUUUGAAUGAGACGCUUAUAUGCUUAAAUAACGCCCACGUUCUGUUUCUUAAAAGCAGUGUGACUGCAUUGAAUCAGCCAUGUCACACAUUAAUGACCUAAUAGGGGUAGUAAGGGGGCUGCGGAUGGUGAUAGAAGCAGGAAUAAAACUCCAACAAGAAAACUCUAGGACAAUAUGGAAUAACUCUAGUGUAAAAUCGCUAGUAAAAACCUGCCCGACUAACCCACUCACUGCUUUCAAACCAAACUCACCCCCUACUGACGAAUUCUUUGAACGGGCACGAGUUGUCAUCCAUGGAUUCAGGCAAUAUGCAACUAUGCACGUACCUAAUAUGGAUCUUGAUUCAGAAUCAAAAAUGGAGCCCACAAGUGGAAAGAAAUCAGAAUUGGAUGCGGAAAUUAGGGACGAGAUUGAAGAGCUAAACAGAGAGUUUGCUAAAACUUUUGAGACUUUAAAGAAAUCACAGGAAGCAAAUGUUUCAAAAUCUAAUGUGGAAUUUGUUGCGCCAUUGGAGAAAUUAAAUUCUUCAACUGAAGUACAACUAAAAUCACAGCCAAAAGACAGGACUUCACCUCAUGUUGUGACACAACCUACAAGUUCACCAAGCACAGACAAAAAAGCUGUAUCUAAGCCAGUGGCAAAGAAGAAAGUGAGAGUUUCUCUAAGCGAGAACUCCAAGGCGCGCGUGGUGCCAUCUUCCCGUCUUGGGCGCAUGAUAUCAUUCGGCUCUCUGGCUGCUGGUCUGGGAGUAGGCACCGUGGCGCAGUACGCGAGGAACACUUUCCAGGCGGUGUCGGGACGUGUGGACGAUCCUACCAAUGCCUUCCUCUCCCCAGCCAAUGCUGAGAGAAUAGUUGAUACGCUGUGCAAAGUUAGAGGAGCGGCUUUAAAAUUGGGCCAGCUACUCAGCUUACAAGAUGACACGAUGAUAUCGCCGGAGCUGCAACGCAUCUUCGAGCGAGUGCGCCAGUCCGCCGACUUCAUGCCGUCGUGGCAGGUCGAGAGGGUGAUGACGUCACAGCUGGGACCUGAUUGGAGGUCCAAGGUUCAACAUUUUGAGGAUAAACCGUUUGCGGCAGCUUCUAUUGGUCAAGUUCACCUGGCGGUGCUGCACAACGGCAGAGAGGUGGCCGUGAAGGUGCAGUAUCCAGGAGUCGCAAAGGGCAUCAACAGCGACAUAGACAAUCUGGUUGGAGUCAUGAAGGUGUGGAACAUAUUUCCAAAGGGCAUGUUCAUAGAAAAUAUCGUAGAAGUGGCGAAGAAGGAGCUUUCCUGGGAGGUGGAUUAUCUGCGUGAAGCGGAAUGCACUCGCAAGUUCAAACGGCUGCUUGAACCCUAUCCGGAGUACUUCGUCCCAGAUGUCAUAGACGAACUUUGCGCCCAGGAAGUGAUCACGACCGAGCUGAUAGACGGCAUGCCCCUGGACAAGUUCUUCGACGCGCCUAUGGAGAUUAGAGUGGACAUAGCGUCCAAGAUAAUGCGGUUGUGCCUGAGAGAAAUGUUUGUUUUGCGGUGCAUGCAGACCGACCCUAAUUGGGCGAACUUCUUUUACAACCCUACCACGAAACAGGUGAUCCUGCUGGACUUCGGCGCGACCCGGGAAUACAGCAAGGAGUUCAUGGACCAGUACAUCGAGAUCAUCAAGGCGGCUUCGGACGGCGACCGCCAGGCCAUCCUCCAGAUGUCUCGCCAGAUGAAGUUCCUCACGGGAUACGAGUCGAAAAUAAUGGAAGAAACCCACGUGGACACAGUAAUGAUAAUGGGCGAAGUGUUCACAAGCGAAGUUUCCGGAGAAUUCGACUUUGGUGCCCAGAAAACCACACAUCGGAUCCAAGCGUUGGUACCCACCAUUUUGAACCAUAGACUUUGUCCUCCUCCCGAAGAAAUUUACUCUCUACACAGAAAACUAUCCGGCGUUUUCUUGCUGUGCUCAAAAAUGAAGAUCAAAAUGAAUUGCAGGAAUAUGUUUAACGAGAUUUAUGUGCAAUAUAAGAAUAACAGCAUUAGGUAAAGAUAAUACGAAUUUACGUCGCCAGAGCGCGCCACUUGGGUAAAAUUUUAUAUAAUUGCCAUUCUCAUUCCAUUUUGUCUAUGGGUUAUUGCUAUUACUUUUAAUUCGCUAUAAUUUAAUAUUUAAUAUCUAUAUAUAAUCUUUACGCAAAGUCUAUUACAGUUUAACCCAACCCAGAAUGAUAGGUUUUUCAAACUGUAUUCAAAUGUGAUCAUUCCACAAUAAAGUAGCGACCUCUGGUGAAGAUUAACAAAAACUAACGAUUUUAUGAACGUAUCCUCGAUAGAUAUCGCAAAUUCACAGAAAUAUA